UUCAUGCAGUGUCUGGUCUGCAAAGCAGAUUGUUUCAUUCGUGUACGAGUUGAUUGGAUGUUCCGCGAGUGAAAGUAGAUGUAACAUUAAGCUCCGUUUUCCAAUGAAUCACUAUUAUCAGACGCAUUGUGUUUUACUUGGCCCCGAUGUCACAAAAAUGUGGAGAUCCUUUUAUUAAUCUGAAGCAUUACUCCAGUGCAAGAUUAGCUACCGCGGCACAUUUACGUGAAAAAAUGGCAAACGAGUUAAGUGUUAUUAACUGGACGAGAGAGAAUGUGGUGGAAUGGGCCCGAAAAGAUAGCCUGAGUCGAAUAGUGAUCGAAUGCAUAGUGAAGGAAGACAUCGACGGGAAAUGUUUGUUGACAUUGUGUGAAAAUGAUAUCAAAAAUCUGAGAGAGAAAUACGCGUAUACCCUUACGCUUGGGGAUAUGAAACGAUUCUGGUUUUCGGUACGCGUCAUUCAAAAGCAAAACGCUACGACAUUGGCGUAUUUGGGAAUACUAUCGGUCGGUAGUGGUACAAAUGGAACGGAAGGAUUGUGUUCAACAGUGGGACAUCAUCACCACCCACUGUUGUCGAGUUUAGGGACCAGUUAUGCAUCCGCGGACAUAAACUACAGUGAUAUCGAGAGGAUUUCACCGCCAAUGUCCAUCGAUGGAAGGGCGACCUGCAUUCAGCCGGAGUUCUUCAAAACUAUGAUAAGUUUAGGUUACGCCUUCUUGGUCACAUGGAUAACCGCAUUCGUGAUGGUGGUGGUGCACGAGCGGGUCCCAGACAUGAAGAAAUAUCCUCCACUGCCGGACAUUUUCCUCGAUAAUGUACCGCAUAUUCCGUGGGCUUUCAACAUGUGCGAAGUUACCGGUACUUUGCUGUUCUGUAUAUGGAUGUGUGUGAUGGUAGUACAUAAACAUCGAAUGGUACUAUUGCGGAGGUUUUUCGCACUGGCGGGCACAGUGUUCUUGCUCCGCUGCGUAACAAUGUUGAUUACAUCGCUCAGUGUUCCUGGGACGCAUCUGGAAUGCACUCCUCAUGAUCACAAGUUUGACGAUAGCUCGAGUGAGCGAAUCACGGAAAUGAUCUCUCUUCGGAUAAGUAGAGCGUAUACCAUCUGGAGCGGGUUAGGAAUGUCAAUUCAGGGCGUCAGGACGUGUGGCGAUUAUAUGUUUAGUGGUCACACAGUAGCGCUGACGUUGUUGAACUUUUUCAUUACUGAAUACACUCCGCGCAAUUUAUACUUUCUUCACACGUUGACCUGGCUUCUCAAUAUGUUUGGAAUAUUCUUCAUUCUCGCUGCCCACGAACAUUACUCAAUCGAUGUUUUCGUUGCGUUCUACAUAACGUCCAGAUUGUUCCUCUAUUAUCAUACAUUGGCUAAUAAUCAGGCACUUAUGUCCCACGAUUCCAACCGAACACGCAUCUGGUUCCCCAUGUUUAGCUACUUCGAGAGUUCAGUUGAUGGAAUCAUCCCCAACGAGUACGACACCAUGAACGAGGUGUUAUGCAAGCUUUUCGAGUGCGUUCUCUACGUGAAAGAUGUUUGUAUGCUGACGGCGCGAAGGUUCUGGAUUGCUCACGGUAACAUCGAGGUACUGAAAGAAACGCAAAAACAUUUCCUCCGAGUUAGUACUCCGUUGCUCCUGUCGAACAAUCUCAACCAAAGUCGUGAGAACUCCAAUGCGCAGAAAGAACCCAUCAAAUGCAAUAACCUCGACGUCGACAUGAAUGCCUCUGUGAGACGUAAAACAUUCGGCGGUGUUGCAACAGGUAAAUCUUUGAACGAAACGGACGACAAACCCCGAAGAACUUCCAAAGAAAAAUUUGUGAAGGACAUGUAAAGUAUCCGUGCGACUGAUUUUUCCGUCUUUGUGCAGGCCAAACACAUAACGCUCGGUAUUGAUGGUUUGUGGGAAAAUGAUAAGUUUCUUGAGUUGUUUUAUUUUCUUAAAACUUCGUAGAGUACAUUUAUUGUUGCGACAAUUGGAUUAGUCCAAUAACACAUGUUUAUAUAUAUAAAUUAUGAAUUACGAAAUUACAACGUUAGGUCUACUAUAUUGUUAUUGUAUGAUAGAUACAAAGUAUUAUGAUUAACCAAUUUCUUUAGAGUAUAAUUUGAUUGAAAUGAAAAUAACUUCCCUUGAACUUAUUCUUGUAGCGAAUUACGGCAUCAAAAUUUACCUUCAUGUCCAGUGUUAAGAUGUUCAAUAUCAUGACGAAUCUAAUGCUUCCUAGAAUAAUGGGGAAGCAAACAUUUUGAACCAUUGACAUGGUAUAGACAUCGGGUAUUAUUUGUUUUGAAUGCCUGCACUGCGUAGCUUUUCCGAGCGCAGUUUUCAAAAAUAAUAAUUGAUAGUAAUAAUUGUUGUACUCUAUAUAAAUCAUUCGCAAUGAUUUCAAAUAAUUUCGGAAUAUAUUACAUAUAUUUGAACGUUUUUUUUUGAUUCAACAGAAUAAACAGAAUGGCAAUGAUCAUCCUACGUAUGAUCAAUUUUGCUCCUAUAUGGUUUCACACUGCCGUGUUAUUCGUUAGUUCUGGUAAAAAUUAGGAACAAAUAUUCAGUCUAUUUUGCAUGAAACAUACUCUGGCAAUAAUUAUCAAUGAUGUUGGUUUGGUUUUCAAAUGUUUCAUCGUGGAAACAAGAUGACGUGGAUAAAAAUGCAAUUUUCCUGCAAAACCUUUAAUAUCGUACGGUUUUUGUUGAUCCUAACACAACAUGAUAAGUUCAAGCCACAACCGAACAAAAUGCUCGUUGAGAUGUUAGACAUUUAAAUAUUCUAUUCAGUAGAAAUCUAUAGUUAACAUGUUGAAGAGGCUCAAUCGAUGAAGUGUUGGUAGUUUGUUACAAGUAAGAUAAUUAUUUAUUUCUGUCAAUUAAAACAUGUGAUAUUAUUUCGGACACAAAUGAAACUCUAUUAUAUUUUCGUUUAAAAUUAAAACAAAAAAAUAUUUUACGAAUCUUCCGAUCCAGGUAAAUAUGAUCACUGAACUGAACACAUUUCUUCCCAUCAAAUAUUACGAUUCCACUCUUUAUGACAAAGUUAUUUAUCUAGCUUGAGCCAUGAACAAUUUUAGAUAGCUUAGUGGAAUGAAAAAUAAACUCGAAUGAAGAACAGUAGUAUUACAUUACAAGACAUACAAAGAUAAUUAUUAAGAACUUUAUACGAUUUUAGGCUGAAGCAGCUAAAAUAUUUUCCUUCCUAGCCUGUUUAAAGAGUACCAGUAUAAGAACUGAGAAAGUGUCAUUCAUCAAAUAUUUCAGUUGAAGUGUGUUAUGAAGUGGACGUUUAUCUAGUCUAGAAUGUAUCAAGGGGCAACAUAAUUGUACCAAAAAAUGUCGUUUUGGGAUUUGCCUGCUUUUAAAGAACUCGGAGCAAAAUGACUCAAAUGAAUACACUAUUCAUAGUAAAUCGGAAAAGUUUCUGAAACUUGCAAAUUUUUCGACGCACAUUUCGUAAAACAACAACUAUGUUUCUUGUUUCAGUCCAAUUCGUCGUUAGUGUGUAAGAUGAUGAUACGGAGGAGAAAUUUACUGAAACUUACCUAUAUUUUAUACAUAAAAAACAAAAACGCAAUGC